AUGCUGGGCCGGCUGCGGGGCUGGGCGCUGCCCGCGGCCGCCUGCCAGGACGCGGGGCCGCCGGGGCGCUACGAGAGCCUGUUCCGGCAGCUGGACCGCAACGGGGACGGCGUGAUCGACGUCGGCGAGCUGCGCGAGGGGCUCCGGAGCCUGGGCGUCCCCCUGGGCCCGGACGCCGAGGAGAAAAUUUUUACUACUGGCGAUAUCGACAAAGAUGGGAAGCUGGAUUUUCAAGAAUUUAUGCAGUACCUUAGAGACCAUGAGAAAAAAAUGAAAUUGGCAUUUAAGAGCUUGGACAAAAAUAGUGAUGGAAAAAUCGAGGCUUCUGAAAUUAUCCAGUCUUUCAUGAAUUUAGGGAUAAAGAUUUCUGAAAAACAAGCAAAAAAGAUUCUUCAAAGCAUUGAUAGUGAUGGAACGAUGACAGUGGACUGGGAUGAGUGGAGGGACUACUUCUUACUGAAUCCUGUGACAAACAUCGAGGAGAUUGUCCGUUUCUGGAAGCAUUCCACCGGUAUCGACAUAGGCGAUAGUUUAACCAUCCCGGAUGAAUUCACGGAAGAUGAGAAAACGUCGGGUCAGUGGUGGAGGCAGCUCCUGGCGGGCGGCAUCGCCGGCGCCGUCUCCCGCACAAGCACCGCGCCCUUGGACCGCCUCAAAGUCAUGAUGCAGGUCCACGGUUCAAAUUCCAAGAAAAUGAACAUCUACGGCGGCUUCCGGCAGAUGGUGAAAGAAGGAGGGAUCCGCUCCCUCUGGAGGGGAAACGGCACAAAUGUUCUUAAAAUCGCCCCGGAGACGGCUCUCAAGUUCUCAGCCUACGAACAGUACAAGAAGAUGCUUACCAGGGAAGGACAGAACAUAGGGACCUUUGAGAGAUUUAUUUCCGGUUCCUUGGCUGGAGCAACCGCACAGACAUUUAUUUAUCCUAUGGAGGUUCUGAAGACCAGGCUGGCCGUGGCCAGAACGGGGCAGUACACUGGCCUAUUCGACUGUGCCAGGAAGAUUUUGAAGCACGAAGGCCUGGGGGCUUUCUUCAAAGGUUAUAUCCCCAAUAUACUGGGCAUCAUACCUUACGCAGGUAUAGACCUUGCUGUGUAUGAGCUCUUGAAGUCCCACUGGCUGGAACAUUUUGCCAAAGACACGGUGAACCCCGGAGUGGCAGUGUUGUUGGGGUGUGGCGCCUUGUCCAGCACCUGUGGGCAGCUGGCCAGCUACCCACUGGCCUUGGUGAGAACACGCAUGCAGGCUCAAGCCAUGAUAGUAGGAAGCCCACAGCUGAACAUGGUUGGCCUCUUUCGACACAUCAUUUCCAAAGAAGGGGUACCGGGAAUGUACAGAGGCAUCACCCCAAACUUCAUGAAGGUGCUCCCGGCUGUAGGCAUCAGCUAUGCGGUUUAUGAAAAUAUGAAACAAGCUUUAGGAGUCACCCAGAAAUGA